ACCACAGUAAACUGUCAAAAUUCUCUCGAACUAGUUGUGGAACGAGCCGAAAAGUUUUGCAAUCGUUUGCAAAUAGGAAUUUUCGCGUAAUUAAACGCAUAACUUCCUCACCAUCGUCAAAAUGUCGGCCAUGAAAAUCUUCUCGUUGGCAAAGCACAGUAGCCGAAUGAUGCGUCCAUCGUCGAUGUCGACAGCUGCACGCUGCUACACUUCGCAGCCGAAACCGGCCGCAAUCAAGCCGGAGGAAUAUUACUAUGUAAACAAUAAGGAACAAAGCAUGGACAUGAACGACAUCACCGACCGUGCAGCGCAAACCAUCUUCUGGACCGAGCUGUUCCGUGGCGCCGCCGUUACACUGGCGCACAUCUUCAAGGAACCGGCCACUAUUAACUAUCCGUUCGAAAAGGGCCCACUGAGCCCACGUUUCCGUGGAGAGCACGCGCUGCGUCGCUACCCUAGUGGCGAGGAAAGGUGCAUCGCAUGCAAAUUGUGCGAGGCGAUCUGCCCGGCGCAAGCCAUUACGAUUGAGGCAGAGGAGCGUGCCGAUGGUAGUCGACGUACGACGCGCUACGAUAUCGACAUGACCAAGUGCAUAUACUGUGGGUUCUGCCAGGAAGCGUGCCCAGUCGAUGCCAUCGUGGAAGGACCCAACUUUGAGUUUUCGACCGAAACCCACGAGGAGCUGCUGUACAACAAGGAAAAGCUGUUGAGCAACGGCGACAAAUGGGAAUCGGAAAUCGCCACCAACAUCAAUGCUGAUUAUCUUUACCGUUAGGGAAUGCUCAUCCAAUGGGUCGAUUUCACUCGCAGUCAACACUUCGGAAGCAAAUGUGUAUAAAGCAGCUGAUUAACAGUUCUAACAAAUAAAGCGUUAAAGCUUCGAA